AUCCAAACAAACCCCAUAAUGAUUUUAGACUUGUAGGCAGUAAAACCCAAUCAGAGAGCCAUUACUACUAGUUUGUUUGUCUGUCUGAAAUCAAUGACUUUGGUGGGGGGUGAUGGUGGUUAGUUUCAAAUCUCAAUGUGUGUGUAAAAUGGAACUGGUUCUGAUCUUGAAAACCCCUCUAGUCACUCACCACCACUCUCUCAAUCUCACACUCCACGUAUAAUAAAAAGUAAGACAAGAACACAUGUCAUUGCAGAUAGAAGAGAAUCAUGGAUUGACAAAACACAUAACAUUCAUUCAUACCCAUUUGGCAAUCCCCCUUCUCCUUCUUCAUCUUCUUUAUUUUAUUAAAUAAGCUUUUCUCUCUUUUCUUUUUGUUUUUGGGUUCUUGUUCUUGUUUUAUCUUUUCUUCUUCUCCUCCUCCUUCCUUCCUUGUUGCUGGUUGUUACAAACAAAAACUUCUUCUCUCAACAGUAGGUCUGGUCUAGUCUAGUCCCUCUCACUCUUUCUUUUUUCUUUCAAUCAUCUUCUUCCCCCAUCAACUUAGGCGGAUUAAUCGGUGCACGGAUCCGAGAAAACAAAAAAAAAAAGGAUUGUUGAGAUGGAAGGAGGUGAAUUCAGAAGCUGGGAUGAACUAUUACCAGAUGCACUUGGGCUAAUCUUUAAGAAACUAUCUCUUCAAGAUAUUCUGACUGUGAUUCCUAGAGUUUGCAAAUCAUGGGGGAAUGUUGUUGCUGGCCCUUACUGUUGGCAAGAGAUUAAUAUUGAGGAUUGGAGCCGAUUGCAGUCGCAGGACAAGAUUAAUCGGAUGGUUGAAAUGCUUGUUACUAGAAGCUGUGGUUCUGUUCGUAAGCUUGGGGUUACAGGGCUCUCGAGUGAGCGAAUGUUGUCCUUCAUUGCUAAUCAUGCUAGAAAUCUUCAGACUCUGCGUCUACCUUCGAGUCAACUAAGCAGUCCAUUAGUGGAACAAGUUGCUGCGAAACUAACCAGCAUUACAUUCUUGGACUUGAGCCACUGUGAGAAAAUCAGUGGUCCUGCAUUGGAAGUGAUUGGCAAGAACUGCAAAUUCCUCUCAGGGCUUAGACGGGUCAUGCGUCCACUUGAGGUUGUAGACAAAGAUUCCCAAGAUGACGAAGCUCAUGCAAUUGCAACCACCAUGCCAAAAAUGAAAUACCUCGAAAUGGCCUACUUAGUUCUCAGCACAGGUGCUGUCCUUGAGAUCAUCUCAAACUGUAAGGAUUUGGAGUACAUUGACUUGAGAGGUUGCUGGGACGUUAAGCUCGAUGAGAAAGUCCUAAAGGAGAGACACCCCAAAUUGGAAGUAGUCGGACCAGUUGUAGAUGAAGGCAGUUGCUGGGAUAUGGAUGAUUGUUCUUACUAUUCAGAUUCUUCUGAUUACUUGGCUUGGGAUUUCGUCGCUGGUGGAAUUGCAGAUUACGACGACUUGAGUUCUGAUGGUUGGGAUGAUGAACAGAGACUCGAAGAACUUGAAAUGAGGUUUUAUGAAGGAGUUAACCAAGACAUCUGGGAUCAUUCUAUCUUUUAAUCCUGUCCUGCCAUUAGUGAAGGUAAUGUAUGGAAGUUGUUCUCGGCUUCUUUAUGAUUGCUGCUGCUUCUAGUACUACUUAGUUUACUUGGGUAUUUUACUAGUAAUUCUGAGUUAAUUUGCAACUUCUCCUUCUAAUUUGCUUGGAACUUUUAUAUUGCUUAAAAGGAUGUAUUUGUUUCAGUAUCUUAUCUAUAUGAAGCUGUGUUGUUCUCUA